CUCAUUCUUUAAUGAAAUGUAUGGAGACCAGGUUGGAGAAUUUGUUUGUGGAUAUUGGGACUUAAAGGGUUAAAAUUACCCAGUCCCUGCCUUAAAAGGUAAAUGGUGGGCUCCUAAAGUUGAGUAUUGCAAUGGCUUAAAGUUUGCUACAAUGUUAUCAGUAUUUAGACAGAACCUUUGCUUUAAGGUAAAUCUAGAAGUUGUGUCAUAAAACUGAAAGGGAAAAUGGUGAACUCUUUGAGCUGUAACCGGGGCUCCAAGACUGUUUUUGAAAUAGUGAUGUAUCAAAAAUUGUAAGGAACAACAGCCAAUUUUACUUUUGGACAACCAGAAUGUGAAUCUUGCCUGUCCAAUGGAGAAGUGACAUAAAAGAGGUAUUUUUGCUCUGAAAAUGGGGUCAAAUUGCCACUUUCUCUGUACAGAUCUUUGGCUUACUUAAACAUGCACUUGGAAAGUUAUUGAAACAUCUGUUGUUUCUCAACCUGUGCUAUCAUAUGUUUUAUGGGAUUUUAGUGUUAGAAAAAGGCAGGGAAAACUACAUUUUCUUUCUGAAACCUGGUUACAAGGCUUCAACUUUCCCUUGUACUAACUUUUUUCCUUUUUGGGGAAAACUACAGUUGCUUCCUCACAGAAUAGGCUAGUAGGCUUACCCUUUCACUUGAAACUUAUUCCUUGUUUUCUUUUUGCAUUAUUGUUCUACACAGAAAGUCUGUUGUCAAGUCUUUGUUGGCAAAAUUCCCAGAGAUUGUUUUGAAGAUGAACUGGUUCCUAUAUUGGAGGAGUGUGGAAGAAUCUAUGACUUCCGACUUAUGGUGGAUCCUCUGACAGGCCUGAACCGAGGUUAUGGCUUCUGCACAUACUCAGUAAAGGAGGAGGCUCAAGAUGCCAUGAAGAAGCUUGACAACAAGGAGAUCAGACCUGGUAGACGUCUUGGGGUUUGUCUUUCUGUGGCGAACAACCGUUUGUUUGUUGGUUCCAUACCUAAGACCAAACAGAAAGAAGAAAUCAUGGAGGAGUUUGGCAAAGUUACUUCAGGACUGACCGAUGUGAUUGUUUACAUGUCAGCGGAAGACAAGACAAGAAACAGGGGUUUUGCCUUUCUGGAGUAUGAAAAUCACCAGGCUGCAUCUUUGGCUCGUCGCAGGCUGUCUAGUGGAAGAGUGAAAGUUUGGGGGACUAUAGUUGUGACUGUUGACUGGGCAGAUCCUCAAGAUGAACCAGAUGAGGAAGUUAUGUCAAAGGUAGUCUUUAAAAAUGUUAAAAUCGUCAUUACUUCAAAGUGAGCCUGAAUUUCAUCUGAUUACUUCGAGUAGAUAUUACUCCCUCAGUAACAACUGAAUCGACCGGCCAUUAAUGCCGUCCAGUGACGUUACUACUCCUCUGCUUUAAUUCAUGCAAAAAGUAAAACAUGAUUUUCAAGUAGCAAACAAAGAAAUAUCGGUUGGAAAUGUCUACAUGAUACAGAACAGCUGACUCUUUUCGAUCAUAAUUCACGUUUAACAUUUAAACUAUGAACUGUAUGCAGUACUCUGAACCGGUUUUAAUUCAAACUCGGUCACAAUCACGCAAUGAAAUUAAUACACACACAGAACAGUUUGUUCAAAAACACAGCAUUUUCCUUUAAUUGAAAAGAAGCUAUUUGGUCCUUCACGAAGAAAAAAGAAAGCAAGGAAACAAGAAAGAAAAGCUAACAGAAUCAUUACACUUGAUGGUGAAAAUAGCAAGAAGGUCGAAUGACAGCAUGACAUUGGUCUCAGAAACUUUGCAUAAACAAAAUCACUGCGGAAACCAUAAAGCAGCUCUAAAUAAAAAACCUACCGACUCCCCACAAUAAUUCUUUACUCGCAGUUCAAUUUUGCAAUUCAGUUUCGACGAUAAGGGCAAUUUUGCUGUUUACUAUAAAGAUUAUUGAAAUGUUUGCACUCCACGGAAGCAUGCCACCAAUGUGAUCCGCUGAAUAUCAAGCGAUAAUCCCGCUAAAAUUUCAAAUUUCCAAAUGGAAUGGUCGAUUCAGAUGUUGCUGAGAGGAGAAAACAACUCGAAGCAAUCGGAUGAAAUUCAGGCUACUGCAAAGUAUCAUUUUGGGGUUUUAACCCUUCAAGUCCCAAUAGUGACUAACGUCAAUUUUCUCCUAACGAUAUCCAUACAAUGUCAAGACAUUAGGUUAUGAGAAUUAAUAAAAUGAUCACCUGGGGGAAAAUGCCUUGAUCUUUUAUCAAAUUCUCUCAAGUUAUUCUGGAAGGAAAUCUGUAGAGAUCAGUUUGGAGAAUUUGUAUGUGGAUAUCAGGGCUUAAAGGGUUAAGAGAUAUUGAAAUACAAUGUAUAUUAAGAGUUAAUCAAGUAUGUAGUUGAUUGUAAGGCUAAUUCAGGAAUUUGCAGUCACUAAAAAAACGACUAACCGUGUAUUGACAUUCCUCUUUUUAGCAAAACUUCAUGUUUAAAGUACAUACAGAGUUUCAUAUUAUAGGAGAUAGGGUGUGAGCUCUUUUCAUGCAAUCAGAUUGCCCUGAUCAUGAGUUUACAUCACUCCCUGAGUGCUAGUUGGAUUUGUUCGCAGUAGUCUCAAGUAAAUAGCCAACUGGCUGCUUCGGUUUGGUUAGCUCUUUCUCAGUAUCCCUAAGGCAGGGGUUUCAAUGAAAAUGGAAGUAGCCAGCAGGUUCAUUAGAGUAACUGACAGUAACAACAAGGGGCCAUUAGUCCCCUUUUUCUGGGGUUUCUGGGGGCAUGUUCCUCCCAAGUAAUUUUAAAAUUUCCGAGCUCCAAACAGGGUGCAAAGAAAAUCAUUUUUACAGCUUGCCAUUCGGGCAAGCUGAAGCUAGCAUUUACUAGCCCAGACAUCAUUUCAACUAGCCCCAAAAACUUUUUGACUAGCAGAAUUGAUUUCACAGUUCCUUUGUUAUUUGAAUUCCUCAAAAAACAUCACUUGCCCGUCGGGCAAGUUAAAAACAGAAUUCACUAGCCCGAUAGCAAAAUCCACUAGCCCCGGUCUAUCGGACACUACUUUCUUCGCACACUGCCCAAAUUGUGAUUUCUAGUGUGCUUUUUCAUUCAAGAAGAUGUACCAUAUUUUUCCGGUUUUAAGGUGCACUUGGUUAUAAGACUCGCCCCAAAAUGGUCAACCCAAUUUUUCUGAAAAUAAAGCCAAAAUACCUGGCUACAAGGCGCAACCGCGAUUUUUAGCUUUGUUCACCUUAACUACAACAACACACUUUCCAACGAUGCGGAUUAUGGCUAUUCACUUAUGGGAAUGAAAAUGCAAAAGGUUACAUAUUUCGAUCAAAAGAGAAUAAAACAACAUUUAUUAACAUGAAAAGCAGUGUUUUCUGAAGCUGCAAAUACUUAGGAAAUCCGUUUUGUUCCAUAAACAAGUCGGCUGUCUUGGUUGCGGCAUAUUGUCAUUGGUAGUAUCAAGAUAAAAUCAGUCGCGUAAUGCAUGAGCCUGAAUAAUUUGUUAAUUAACUGCCAAAUCCGGUAAAAUUAAGCCCUUGUUUAUCAAAAUAACUAUAAUAGAAGAGCUCUCACAGUUCUCAACAGAUUUGGGAGCUUUCCUUAGAAAAUAAAGGUCUGAAAGAAGCUCAAAAUCGCAGUGUAGAAAUGAGUGUAAACAAACCGCCAUCUUGGGUCAUGCAUGAGCUCAAAUAUUUGCCUGGUUACCAAGCAUUAACAUUCAGUUCAAAAUGAUUGAUGCCAGAUGAUUUGUUUCGAAUGUAAAAUGAUUUGUUUGUCGCUUAAUAUCAGCUUUAGAAGACAGCUUAAGAGGAUGUGUAGAAGUCAUUGAAAACUGAUAACAAAGAAAAGAAUGAGCAGCUAGAACUUUUAGAGUUAAAAAUUUUACUUAAUUAUGUUUUGUUGCCCAAAGAUACUCGGUUAUAAGACGCACCCCAAAAUUACAACAGAUUUUUGAGCUAUCAAGCAAACUUUCAUCCAAAAAAGGGUGCGCGUUAUAACAGGAAAAAUGGGGUAGCUUUCACUCAAGUUUCAGUUUAUCAGCGACACCAUCAACUUCAAGCAAUGAACACAAAUGACUAUUAUAAUUCAAUAACAAACAUUCGCAUGUGAACAAACUCUGGAUAAAUCUAUAUAAAAAGGUGUGGAAAAUUGACUGAAAUAUGGCGUCGAGAUAACCAGCUAACUAAAGCGUACCAUACACGUAAAUCCAGUGGUUCUUUGUGAAUUAAAGAACACAUCAUAAUUUGGUUCUUUGUGAAUUAAAGAACACAACAUAAUUACGUUUUCAUUGAGAUGUUAUGACAAUAAUGUGUAUGACAUUAUUCAGACAUUAUUCAAACAUUAUAGUUGCUUCUUCUUUGGCAAAAAAAGUAACCUACUUCUCUGAGCAAAGAAGCCAAAGUGUUUUGUCAGUUGUCGGUACUUAUUGAAACCCCUGCUAAGGAGAGGAUACGUAUUAUUUCCUCAGAAAAGUAUUUUUUUUUCUUAAAUUUGUAUGUUUGCCUUUUUGAAUAGGGUGGCUCAAUUUGCGUAGGACUGCAAUUUUUCUGAAUAGCAAAGCCAAACUAGAAAGUAACAGUUUGACUUUUUCUAACAGUUUCAGUCUACCUUCUACACAUCCUCAGUCCAAAACCAUUGCUGUUUAGGGUUUUUUUUUUUUUAGUGUCAGUAGUAACAUUAAGCAAGGACCGGCCAUUGUCAUCAUUGUAGUAGUGAAUUUCCUUUUCAGAUGCAAAUCCUUCUGUCAGGUUUCCUUGUAGUGCUAGUCUUGGCUUCAUUGCCCCACAGUGCUUGGUUUAAGGAGCAACAGGCCACUUGGUUUGAACCUCUGAAACAUGUUUUUCACUGAUUGCAGGUCAAAGUUCUCUAUGUCCGGAACGUUUCACCCAAUGUUACUGAAGAGCAGCUGAAAGAGAAGUUCCAGGAAUAUGGCACGGUUGAAAAGGCCAAGAAAGUGAAAGAUUAUGCCUUUGUUCACUUUAAUGAACGGGAGGAUGCUAUGAAAGCCAUGGAAGCUCUGAACAAUGUUGAAAUGGAUGGGAUUACACUAGAAAUUGCCUUGGCUAAGCCACAGCCAGCUAAUAAGGAAAGACGUCAAGGGGGACAGUCUGGACGCGGUGGGCAGCGAGGUGGUCCUCGUGGAGGUCAUUCCGGGCGUGGUCGUGGUGCACCGUAUGGAGAUAGGCAUGGUCACUAUGAAGGCUAUGAUCAGGGGUAUGAUGAUUACUAUGGUGGUGGUGGUGGAUAUGGUGGGGGUUAUGGUUAUAGAGAUAGUUAUGGAGGUGGUUAUGGUGAUGGCUACUAUGAUGAUUACAGUGGCGGCUAUGGCUAUGGCGACCGGUAUGGGGAAGCUCCUAGAGGUGGUAGAGGUGGACCUCCACGCCCUCCCCGUGGUAGUUCAUCCGGUAGAGGUCCGAUGCGUGGUGGUGGGUUUCCAGGAAGAGGCGGACGCGGAGGACCCCGGGGUGGACCAUCACGGGGCGGAAGGGGUGGACCAGGCGGACGUGGUGGACCAAGAGGAGGUGGUGUUGCUCCUGGCAAGAGGAAGUAUGGUGCAGAUUCACUGCAAACACCAGUGGAGUAUCCUGAUCCCAAGCGCAGGUACAUGGGGCAGGGCCAAGGAGGAGGUUGGGGAAGCCAGCCAAUUGCGCAGCAACCGUUGUAUGAUAGUGGCUACGGAAACCAGUCGAACCAAGAAUGGUACAGUGACAGCUAUGGCGGGCAGUGGUAG